UUUUAAAGCUAGUUUGGUGCAAAACUAGAGCGGUUUCCUAAAAGCUGUUUUUGCUUUUUAAAAACAUCAUGAGUUGGGAAUGUAUACAGAAAUAUGAGGAAGACAAAUGUAGAAUUGAAGAAGAAACUCUCAAAUCAACAGAAGAAAGUUUGGCGCUUCUACAUGAAACUCAAGAAUGCGGUAUUUCUACAGCAUCCGAACUUUACGUUCAGGGACGUCAAUUGAAAAAGAUCGACGGACAAUUGGACCAUCUCAAUAACACUCUUGUGACAUCACAAAAAAAUAUAAAUGGAUUAACAUCUAUGUUUGGUGGACUGAAAAGUUGGUUCGGUAACAAAAAAAAGGCUCAAGAUGAAAUAAGUGUAAAAACAAUACUGGAUGAUGACAAGCACAUAGAAAAAUCCAAUUUAGAACAAAAUAUGACUAAUUAUAAUAAUUUUUCUGUACAAUCUGAUGCUCAAGAAGUACAAAAUCCACCUGAUUUCAAUUCUAGAUUCAACAAUAACAUGAGUGAAAUGUCCAAAAGUAUUUCAAUGUUAAAAUCCCUUGCUACUGAUAUCGGUGAGGAAAUUGAUGAUCAAAACAUUUUGAUAAGCGACAUAGCAAGGAAAACUGAGGAAGUAGAUAUUAAAAUUUUACAACAAAAUAAAGAAAUGAAAAAAAUCUUAGGAAAGUAAUAUUUCUUUAUUGUAUCAUCAAUACAAGUUUUAUUAGUUUAUCAAUUAAGUCUAAAUAAACAUCAAUAGGAAAUUUUAUUUAUUUGCUAACUGACCUUUAUUGAAGUGACAAAACAAAUUUCUUAUUAAAUAUUCCCCAAAUUAGACUGAACUUUCCUUUAAUACUUAUGUACAAAAAAAAAACCUUAAGAAUAUGUAGGAAACUAUCUGCCUCUGCCACCUGCGCUGACUUGCUGCUGCCAAGGAGCAUUUCCUCUGCCUCUUUGAGGCGGACCACCCCUUCCACGACCUCUUGC